AUGUCAUUUUUAAGGUCCAAGAUCUCUUUUUUCCUGUAUGGGAUCUUCUUGUGCAGCUUAUAUGCCACUCUUACACUCAGCAGGACAAAACAGAGCAUUCGCAAUGCCAGAUCAUUGGUGCACAGCAGCAGCUUCACUUUGAACAAAAGAGAAGAUGCAGAAAGAGAUGGACAGUACCUGCUGGGAAUAAAGAGACUUAGAAGACUUUACUGUAACGUGGGCAUCGGCUUCCAUAUUCAGGUCCUACCAAAUGGAAAAAUAACAGGAGUACACAAUGAAAACAAAUACAGCCUUUUAGAAAUUUCUCCAGUGGAAAGAGGAGUUGUGACUUUGUAUGGAGUCAGUAGUGGUCUGUUCAUCGCCAUGAGUGACAAGGGGAAACUUUAUGGUUCGGGAAGCUACAGAGAUGACUGCAAGUUCAAGGAGAAUCUCCUGGCCAAUAACUAUAAUGUCUAUGAAUCAGCUUCCCAUCCUGGAAUGUACAUUGCUCUCAGCAAGAUUGGGAAAACCAAGAGAGGCAACCGUGUGACGCCCACAAUGACCAUGACACACUUUCUCCCCAGAACAUAAUGUUUCUAAGCUAACUUUAAGGCACAGAUCUUCCAAGAGAACAGUUUGAUCAGAGAUGGGGAUUCUCUAUAAUCUAAAAUGUACCAGGACAUAAACAUAUUGUUCACUGUGAAUGAUUAAAGUUAUUUAUUGACAAGG